CAGGUGCCGCUGCUGCGCAAACUAACUUUGCACGUGUGUGUGUGGGGGGCGCGAUCCGGCUCCGAGCGGUAUGCAGACUUGUGUGCAAUGGUGGGGGCGGCUGGUGGGUCGCGGCGCUGGGCUGCACGGACCUCCCGGCGGCGGCGGCGGCGGUGGUGCUGCCGCCGCCCUGAGGGGCAAGAAGCUGCAAGCGGGAUGGGGACCGGCCGGCGUGAGGAGGAGCAGCGGCGGCACCGCCAGCAGCAGCGCCGUUGGAGAGGGCGCCGCCGCCGCCGCCUCCUCCUCCUCCUCCUCAAGCACCUCCCGACAUAUCGAGCGGCUCCUGCCCAGGCACGAUGACUUCUCCGAGCGGCACAUCGGCCCGGGGGACAAAGAGAAGCGAGAGAUGCUGCAGGCCGUGGGGCUGUCGAGCAUUGAUGAGCUGAUCGAUAAAACAAUUCCUGCUAACAUCCGCUUGCAACGGCCUCUGAAGAUGGAUGACCACAUUUGUGAAAAUGAAGUUCUUGAAACUUUACACAAUAUUGCUAGCAAGAACAAGAUCUGGAGAUCCUAUAUUGGCAUGGGUUAUUACAACUGUUCAGUCCCUCAGGCCAUUGUGAGGAAUUUGCUGGAGAAUGCGGGAUGGGUUACACAGUAUACCCCUUACCAACCAGAAGUAUCCCAAGGUAGACUGGAGAGUCUGUUGAAUUAUCAGACCAUGGUGUGUGACAUCACAGGAAUGGAUGUGUCCAAUGCGUCUUUACUGGAUGAGGGAACUGCUGCAGCAGAAGCGAUGCAGUUGUGUCACAGGCACAACAAGCGGAGGAAGUUUUAUGCUGAUAUUAGAUGCCAUCCUCAGACGAUAGCCGUGGUGCAGACUAGAGCAAAUUACACUGGCAUCCUGGUCGAGUUGAAGCUGCCUCGUGAGAUGGACUUCAGUGGGAAAGAUGUCAGCGGAGUGCUGUUCCAAUACCCCGAUACAGAGGGGAAGGUGGAAGACUUCACUGGACUUGUUGAUAGAGCCCAUCAGAAUGGGACUCUGGUCUGCUGUGCUACGGACCUGUUAGCGCUGUGCAUCUUGAGGCCACCAGGGGAGUUUGGUGUUGAUGUUGCUCUGGGCAGCUCCCAGAGGUUUGGGGUAUCUCUUUGUUAUGGGGGACCACAUGCAGCUUUUUUUGCUGUCAAAGAGAACCUGGUGCGAAUGAUGCCUGGAAGGAUGGUGGGAGUUACAAGAGAUGCUAAUGGAAAAGAAGUAUAUCGGCUUGCAUUACAAACCCGAGAGCAGCAUAUUAGGAGGGAUAAGGCUACAAGCAACAUCUGCACAGCACAGGCACUUCUGGCUAACAUGGCUGCUAUGUUCGGAGUCUAUCAUGGUGCUAAUGGUUUGAAGCACAUUGCCAGGAGGGUGCAUAAUGCCACUUUAAUUUUAGCUGAAGGUCUGAAGAGAGCUGGUCAUAAAUUGCAACAUGACCUAUUUUUUGAUACCUUGAAAAUCCAGUGUGGAUGUGACGUUCAAGAGGUCUUGCACAGGGCAGCCCAGAGACAGAUAAACUUGCGGAUUUACAGUGAUGGCACACUUGGAGUUUCACUUGAUGAAACUAUAACGGAAAAAGACUUGGAUGACCUAUUGUGGGUCUUUGGCUGUGAAUCUUCAGCUGAGCUGGUGGCUGAGAGCAUGGAUGAAGAAACGAAGGGCAUUUUUGGUACGGCAUUGAAGAGAACUUCAAAAUUCCUAACACAUCAAGUAUUCAACAGCUAUCACUCUGAAACAAAUAUUGUCCGGUAUAUGAAAAGAUUAGAAAACAAAGAUAUUUCCCUUGUUCACAGCAUGAUUCCUUUGGGAUCCUGUACAAUGAAGUUGAAUAGUUCAUCAGAACUCACACCUAUCACAUGGAAGAAAUUUGCCAAUAUCCACCCCUUUGUAGCUCUAGAUCAGGCUCAAGGAUACCAACAACUUUUCCAGGAACUUGAGAAGGAUCUGUGUGAGAUCACAGGCUAUGACAAAAUUUCCUUUCAACCAAACAGUGGGGCCCAAGGUGAAUAUGCUGGACUGGCUGCAAUCAAGGCCUAUUUGAAUGCAAAAGGAGAAUGGCACCGAAGGGUAUGUCUUAUUCCUAAAUCUGCGCACGGUACCAACCCAGCAAGUGCUCAGAUGGCAGGAAUGAAAAUUCAGCCAGUGGAAGUAGAUAAAAAUGGAAGCAUCGAUGCUGGCCAUCUUAAGGCAAUGGUGGAGAAGCACAAGGACAACCUAGCAGCUAUCAUGAUCACUUAUCCAUCCACCAAUGGUGUCUUUGAAGAGGACAUCAGCGACGUGUGUGACUUGAUCCACAAACAUGGAGGCCAGGUUUACUUAGAUGGAGCAAAUAUGAAUGCUCAGGUUGGCCUGUGUCGUCCUGGAGACUAUGGGUCAGAUGUUUCACAUUUAAAUCUUCACAAAACUUUCUGCAUUCCCCAUGGAGGAGGAGGACCUGGAAUGGGACCAAUUGGAGUGAAGAAGCAUUUAGCUCCUUUCCUGCCUAGCCACCCUGUCAUUGCAUUACCGCAGGAUGAGGAUUCAAGCCCACUGGGAACAAUCAGUGCUGCCCCUUGGGGAUCCAGCGCCAUACUGCCUAUUUCAUGGGCUUAUAUCAAGAUGAUGGGAGGAAAAGGCCUUAAGCAUGCAUCCGAGAUUGCAAUAUUGAAUGCUAACUAUAUGGCCAAGAGACUAGAGAAGCACUACAAAGUUCUCUUUAAAGGAGCCAGAGGUUAUGUAGCACAUGAAUUUAUAUUGGACACCAGGCCUUUCAAAAAAACAGCCAAUAUUGAAGCUGUGGAUGUUGCUAAGCGGCUUCAGGAUUAUGGAUUCCAUGCACCAACCAUGUCCUGGCCAGUGGCAGGAACCCUUAUGAUCGAACCAACAGAGUCUGAAGACAAGGCAGAACUAGACAGGUUUUGUGAUGCAAUGAUCAGCAUCCGACAAGAAAUUGCUGAUAUAGAGGAAGGAAGAAUGGACUCUCGGAUUAACCCACUAAAGAUGUCGCCACACACCUUGAGCUGCAUUGCUGCGCCUCACUGGGAUCGCCCUUACUCUAGAGAAGUAGCUGCUUUUCCACUGCCAUUUGUGAAACCUGAGAACAAGUUUUGGCCCACCAUUGCCCGCAUUGACGACAUCUAUGGAGAUCAGCAUCUGGUCUGCACCUGCCCACCCAUGGAAGUCUAUGAAUCUCCUUUUGCCGAACAGAAGAGAGCAUCCUCUUAGGGCCAGACUUCCUCCCACCCCCUCUCAUUCUCCUGGUAUCUCUUGAGGUGACUGGGCAUAGAGCUCCCUGCUACAGUGCAGUCCACAAAGAUGGACUGGUUCUUCUCGCCCAGUGAGCAAACUUAUAUACAAUGUAUAUUUUUUGUAAUCUCCCUAUUGUUAAUUGAAUUCCUGUGCAGCUAUAUGUAAAUACUGGUCCUAUUAGGUGGAAACAAACUGAUUUGAUUCAGUGCCUCAGUUUCCAUAGCAGUCCAUGCUGAAGUGGCCUUGAUUUAGCACUCUUCGUCCUAUUGGGGAUCGGGGCUGUUUUUCUGUGUCUGCAAUAAGGAUUUAAACCUAGAACUGUAUGAAUAAAACUAGAACUUUUUUGUGUAAACUGUGUCAUGGCAAUGUCUAUGGCUCUACUUUUCAAAGUGCUCUGCGGUACAGAGCAAUCCCACUUUAUUUUGAAUAGUGUUCUUGGAUCCAUUUUUGGGGCUCUGAUAGUUCACUAAAACUUAGUUACUAUUCAUUUUAUAUAAACUGGCCACAGUCAAACAGAAGCUUAAGUAUACUUAAACCGCAUAAGAUUGCAAAGCUUAAGUAUAUACUUAUCAGACUGUGGCCAUAGACUUUGUUAAUCUAAUUCAUAGAUAUUAUCUCUAGCAUCAAUAGUGUCAUUUAGGAAAUGAUGCUUUCCCCCUUUUAACUUCCCAAUGUUAAUAUUCCAAUAAAAUCUAGUAGACAUAAUAGCUUUUGGAGUCUGAUUUAGAAAAACACUUCAGUUGUUUGAGAAUGUUGUACUUUGAGCCAAGUUCUCCUAACCUAUUUAUAGGGAAUUUUAUUGGUGAAUGAUGGGGACAGAUCUGUGCUGAAGACCAACCUCUUCUCAGUCUCACCUGAGAUUUUAUUUGCAGACUAACUGGCUGACAUACAGAAUAAUGAUGCGCCAGUGCAGUGAGAGAGCAGACCAGUAGAACUUCCUAACUAACUGCACUGGUGUAAUGGAGAAGCAGCAAUCUGACACCCUCCACUUCUGCCGGUAGCUCUCUGUGCCACCUGAAAAUAUGUCCCUGAGUUCUGCACUCCCCCUAGGGACAUAUCUUCAGGUGCCACAGAUGGCUUCCUUGGGAAGGGGCGGUCAAAAGCCCACUAGCCUCUAGUCUAGGCCUACUGAAAACAAAACUGAUAGAGGCUGUUCUCACACACACAGCCAAGACUGGGCUAAGCCAAGCCCGGUCUUGCCUGCUCGCGGCAAACCCAUCAAAAAGGUCUGCCUGUUAACCAAAGUUAAGGACCCAGGCUAAAAGAUCAUGUAUCAGCACAGACACAGGAGCAGACUCCCAGCCAGAGCCAGAAUCCUCAAAAUGCAUAUCACUCGUGCAGUGCACCAUGAGAUUUCCGGGAGCCGGGAUGAUGCAUUCUGGCCCCCAACCCUCCACUCUGCUGGGGAAAGCUGGUGACUGUCAGCAAGGACUGAUGGCUCAUCUGUGGGGGAAGUUAAGUUUGAGUAGCCUUUCCUGCCACCCACCCACGUAAUUGUGAGAAAGGGCUCAUCUGCCAAACUGAUUUCUUAAAAAUCCACCUGCUCAUCAACCUCCGGCUGCCUUAUCCUAGCCACUCCAAAGAUUUUCACCAGGUUGGGAAGACUACUAAGGCACAGUCACAGUGGUGCCGUGUGUGUUAUCUUGGGGAAAGAGCAUUAUGGUGCCUGCUUGCUAGUCAUGUCAGGCAAAUAUGAGAGACUUCAGUGAUCAAGGUCUGAAGAAUGUGUAUUGGGAAAGCAAAUCUAGCUAAUGUUCACUUCAAAAAGUGAACAGUUCUACUUGCAUUUGUGAAUUUUAGUCUUAAAAAUGGUAUUGGAAGCAUUCAUGAUCAGUAUCUUGUGGACUGUUAACAGUAAAAAUGUCUCCCUUUUAUGUAGGUGAUUCUUCAGUUUCCUGAAAGUCAUCAUCUAUUAGGAAAGUACCCAGGUUUCUUUGGCACUAGACUUUCAUUUUGAUUAAACUGGGAGUCUACUUCCUAUGAAACAAAAAGCUAGAGAAUGCUUGUGUGCCAAGGCGCCUUCUUGCAGACUGCUGAGUUUGCAAACCAACCCAGAGGUUCCGCUUAUCUGUGGCCAUCAAGGUAUGAGCUCUCUACCCACAAAAACCACCCCCAUAAUAUUGUGUGAGAGGGUUCAGUGACUUACAGAACAAAAACACUGCUCUGAAGACAAUUUUCCCUUUUUGCAAUGAUUUUAUUACUCAAAACUUAAUUAUAAAAUAAAGAUAAAGAUGUCCACAGAGAAGGCGCCUUAAACAAGAACCAAUUUAAAGAACAAGAUCUGUCUCAUUUGAGGUGCCUCAAUAUUCAUUCAGUGGUAUGAGCUUUAACACAGAAGUGACACAGCACUACAAAAUCAAAUUAAAAACUGCACUACCCUGAGCAUUGCUGUUCAAAUAUUUUAUUCUGCACAGCUGCUAGAAUUCAACAAUGCCAUUCUGUGAGAAGCUUUCUUUGGACUCAAAUAAUGGCAACAACUACUAGCUGGUUACAAGCCUUCUGUUUUUAGUGCAACGUAUCCAAGCAGGUGGUGAUAGCUCAACUGCAGAAAUGUAAUGACACCAGUACUCUAGACCUGUUUCGAUCUGGUUUUUGGCCCUGGCUUGAUGUUAGAACCCUGGUAGACAACCUUCAAAAUGCAGAAAGAUUGAGUCAGGAGAAAAGUAACCCUGUGUCAGGUGACCUGGUCUGACCCUUAGUCCACCUCACCCCCACCCCAAGGCACAGAGGUAAUCAGGUACACAGCUAUGUCUGUUUUCACACUUGGCCGUUUUCAAAACUUCUGAGGCUAUUCUCAUGAUGGAGGAAAACUGGGCUAAGGGAGCCCAGCCCGGUUUUCCUCCACCAUAAGAACCACGAGGUUCACGGGCAUGCCCAUUGGCUCAACAGCGGCUAGCCCACCAAAGUAGCCCUCCCCUUAAACUUGCUGCUAACUUGGCAAAGAGGCACCUUUUAACGUGGUGAUUCUCUUGAUUUAGCAGGGGGAGAGUAACUGGCCCUAUCCACCCCCAGCACAGUAUUUGCCAUUACCAUUGCUGGUGUCUGUCUUAUGUUUCUUUUUAGAUUGUGAGCCCUUUGGGGACAGGGAUCCAUCUUAUGUUUGUUGUUUCUCUGUGUAAACUGCCCUAAGCCAUUUCUGGAAGGGUGGUAUAGAAAUCGAAUUAAUAAUAAAUAAGGUUAGCAGAGCAAGUGCUCCACUAACCCGGUUUCUUUGA